AUGGCUCCCAAACGGACUCGCGAUGGCGAGAACAAACCCUCCGAAUCACGGCCUGAGCCUGCCGUCAAGAAGCGCAAGGGCUUCAGUGUCGGCCCUGCAAACCUCCCCGAUGGCACAUAUCGUCGCAAGACUCAAAAAAUCAAAUCCGACCUGAUCCAAAAGGCCAAAGUCAAGAAAGCCUACGCUAAGAUCAAAGCCCAAGAACUCGCCACCAACGCGCCAAAACCCAUGUUCACCACCGCCGAAGAAGAGUCCGGAGACAAGGCCGAACCCGCUUCGCUAGAACUGCAUCCUGAUCGGGUAGCAAUGAUGAACGAGCCCGAGCUGUCGCCCGAACCUGCACCUGCACCGCGAGAGCGUCGCCCCCGCAACAUGGAUGGGAAGAGGAAGGAACGGAAAGCGAAGCCUUCGGCAUUUUCCAAGGAGAUUGAGAUUGCAGAGAAGCGGAAACAGGCCGCGGAAGCUCGACAACGAGAGCGGGAGGCGAAGCAGAAGGAGCGUGAGGCGAUGGCGCGGGCUAAACGCCCGGAUCAGUUUGGGAAGAGGCGGUUGGGGCGAGAGAGUAAUGUGCUCUUGAGUCGGGUGCAACGGAUGGUUGGCCAGACUUGA